CUCGACUCAUGUCAGGUUCAUGAGAAAACGUGCAUCUACUUGUCUGGUGGUUGCUUACGUUAAUCGUUAGACUGGAGGCUCUGUUGGUUCUGAAACAAGGACAGGAGACGCAGUAACCUCCCAUACCCUUUACGAUGACGUCAUCUGUAGUGGUGCUCACUUCCACUCUCGUGCUGGGGGCAGUCGUCAUCCUCUCAUUGAGCCAUGUCACAGAGUCACUGCCCUACACGGGACACAAGGGCUAUCUGACAGACCUGGAAAAUGACGCUGACCCUGAACUGAUGCUAGAAAUCCUUACCAGGCUCGGCCAGACCAUCAUGAGAGCCAACGAUCUAGAAAACUCCAAGCGCGGCCUGGACCUGGGACUCUCCCGUGGAUUCUCCGGCUCACAAGCCGCGAAGCACCUGAUGGGACUCGCCGCUGCCAACUUCGCCGGCGGACCCGGCAGGCGGCGUCGUGACGCCUCCCAGGCGUAGACCUCCUACCCCCGCUCCUGUACAAACCCCUUACAUUAGCGUCCACCACACUGGAGUGGAGAGACCCCACACUCACCUCCUCUACAUUUGCAAUGUUGUUAACUCCGUCUGUCAUGUCUAUUGUCCGUGUACUGGGGCUCAAUUCUCGGAGACUUGUGUCACCUACUUUCAUUGCACGCAUCCAUCAGUGUUUGUAGCUAGAUACUGUUAUACCAUUCUUUCAUUUAUUUCGUGUAAAUAGGGCAUAAUGUUUACUUUCGUGUAGCCCAGCCGUCUCACAACCACCCGUGUGUACGUUCAUUUAUACGGUUAUAGUGACUGGAUCUCUUUUUCUAAUUUUAAAUGUCGUAUAUUUAGUACUUAAAUAUGUUUAUUUUCCUAUCGUUCUUUGGAUUUCAUUCAAUGUCAUUAAUAGCAAUUUACCUUCUAAAAGAUGGUAGUGUGAUUAUUUUUAUAGAUGUAAAAUACAUACUGUAAUAAUAAACUUGUAGAUGAA